AUGAUUAUCUAUGCCAGGGAGUAUCAUGGGGUGGGCUCGCUCCACGACCGACCUGGUGCCUCGGACAACAUAUUCCAGCAAGUAAUAUGUCUCCCACACCUCAUUUGGAAGCACUUUGUAGCCCAUUUGCAGGGCCCUGGGUGCGGCAAUCCAGACAUACUUAUGACUAAACGCGAUCCAAAGGUUUCAAAGAAAUACAUAGGGAAGGAUUUUGACACAGAGCGCCAUCCAGAUGUGAGCACUUCAACCCUAGACUGCCUAAGAGUCGAGGGGUAG